AUGUCUACACCAGAGGAAUUCCCCCGUAAUCCGAUUAUAGUUGUUGGAGGAGGAUUGGCCGGACUUUCAGCUGCACAUCAAGUUUAUCUUAGGGGAGGAAAUGUUGUGUUGUUGGAUAAACAAGGGUUUUUAAGUGGUAAUAGUGGGAAGGCUACUUCUGGGAUCAAUGGUACUUUAACCAGGACUCAAGUUAACUUGUCAAUUAAGGAUUCCGUUGAGCAAUUCUAUCAGGAUACUUUAGCCACGGCUAAAGAUCGAGCCAACCCAGAAUUGAUUAAAGUAUUGGUUUAUAAUAGUGCUGACGCUGUUCAUUGGUUGCAAGAGGUAUUUAAACUAGAUUUGAGUAUUGUAUCAAGAUUAGGAGGCCACUCCCAACCAAGAACGCACCGUGGUAAGGAUGCCAAAUUCCCAGGAAUGGCAAUUACGUAUAAAUUAUUAGAGACUUUAGAAAAUUUGUCUGAGAGUGAACCUGACAGAGUUAAGAUAUUGAAGAAUACUCAGGUUAUUGAUUUGGUGAAAGCGGAAGGGGACGAUUUUAAGGUUUUAGGGGUUAAAUAUAAGGACUUGAAAACGAAAACGAAACUGGAAUUGAACGGACCAGUAAUUAUGGCCACUGGUGGUUAUGCUGCUGAUUUCACGAAGAAUUCUCUUUUGAGGAAAUACCGUCCGGAUAUUAUUGAUUUGCCAUCCACCAAUGGUAAUCAUGCCACUGGGGAUGGACAAAAAAUCAUUAUGAAGAAUCAAGGGAUUGGGAUUGAUAUGGACAAAGUUCAAGUUCAUCCAACGGGUUUAAUUGAUUUAAAUGAUGAGGAUGUUAUUUUGGGUAAAAAACAACCAAGGUUUUUGUUUUUAGGUGCUGAAGCUUUAAGAGGUGAAGGUGGAGUGAUUUUAAAUAAGCACGGAGAUCGUUUUGUUGAUGAGUUGGGUACUCGUGAUUAUGUUAGUGGUGAAAUGGAAAAGCAGUUGAAAGCCGGUAAUGGCCCACUUCGUCUUGUUUUGAAUAGCCAAAGUGAUGAAAAAUUGGCUUUCCAUAUCAAGCAUUAUAAGCAAAGAAGCUUAAUGAAGACGGUCACUGGAGAUGAGUUAACCAAAGAAAUGGGUAUUGGCAUUGAUAAAUUGAAGAAAACUUUUGAAACUUAUAAUAAAGCAGCUUCCGGUGAAAUUCAAGAUGAGUUUGGUAAAAAGUUUUUCCCAACUACUCCUUUCAAGAUAGAAGCAAAUGAUAAUUACCAUGUUUCUUUCAUUACCAGAGUUUUACACUUCACUAUGGGUGGUAUUAAGAUCAACGAUAAAGCCCAAGUUUUAUAUCAAGUUGAUGAAGAGACUUUCAAACCUUUUGAAGGUUUGUAUGCUUGUGGUGAAGUAGCCGGAGGUGUCCACGGUCAUAAUAGACUUGGGGGCUCCUCAUUAUUGGCUUGUGUUGUUUAUGGCCGAGUGGCUGCUGACGGAGCAUCUAGUUUCUUCUUCAAUCACUUGGCCAAUGCUGAGGCUGCAAAACCCGCCCCAAUUGAAUCAAAUGAUGGCAAUACUGCGAUCAAUAGAUUGAAACAAAUCAGUUUCCAUAUCGACCCGGCUUUUCCUCAAAGAAUCACCAUUGACUGGACUGAUAAAGAGGGUAAUGGGGGAGAAGGAGCACCACCUUCGUCCUCAGCACCACCUUCGGCACCACCAUCGGCACCACCAUCAGCACCACCAUCAGCACCACCUUCCUCAUCAUCAAGCUCUAAGAAAGAUGACAAGUUCACGGCUUUCGAAAUUCCAUCAAAAGAAUUCACUGCAGAUGAAGUGGCCAAACAUAACACUGCUAAAGACUGCUGGGUGAUUGUUAAAAACGUAGUUUUAGACUUGACCCCAUUUUUGAAAGAUCACCCAGGUGGUGAAGAUUCCAUUAUAAACUUUGCCGGUAAGGAUGCUACUGAGAGUUUUGAUAUGUUACAUGAAGAUAAUGUCAUACCAAGAUACGCUAAGAGCUGUGUAGUUGGAAGACUUAAAGGGGAGACCCCAUAUUUAGAAGUUAAAUAA